UAUGUUAUGACUGUAUACGUGUAACAAAGUGAAGUGUGUUGUUCAGUGGCAUAACCCAUUGCUGAUAAAUGUAAUUUUCAGUCAUAUUAUUACUGAGCCGCGAUACGGUCGCUUUACAUAUAACAAGUGCUAAUAAAUGCCAACGGAAAUGGAAAGUGAACUUAAGAGUGAUGAAGUACCAAUUGCUAUUACUCCGUCUGAUGAGAGAAUAAAUCGUUUAUCUCGUUUAUAUGAAGAUGAGUUUGGAAAAAAGCCGUCAUUUUACGUGAGAGUUCCGGGACGUGUAAAUAUUAUUGGUGAACAUAUUGAUUAUUGUGGCUUCCCGGUGUUGCCUAUGGCAUUAGAGCAGGAUAUUUUAGUUGCGGCAAGUUUGAUACAAGAACCGGCAAUUUAUCUUCGCAAUGCGAACAGUAAAUAUAAAAGUUUCAAUACGAAAAUUACAACUUACGAGGAGAUUGAGAUAACACCGGACGGUGACGGAAAACCAUUUUGGUAUAAUUACGUUCUGUGCGGAAUAAAGGGUGCUCUAGAGUAUUUGGAAAAUAAGAUGGAAAAUGGAUUACAACUUUAUAUUGAUGGAAACAUUCCUCCAGCUUCUGGUCUUUCUAGUUCGUCGGCACUUGUAAGCGCUGCUUGCUUAUCAUUUUUAUACGCACAAAAUGUAUCUAUGAGCAAAACCGAAAUAGCCUCGUUGUGCGCUAAAAGCGAAAGAUAUAUCGGUACUCAAGGUGGUGGAAUGGACCAAGCUAUUGCUUUUCUAGCAGAAAAAUACUGUGCACAAUACAUUACGUUUCAGCCUCUCCAAGCAACAUCCGUGAUUCUUCCUGAAGAGGCUGUGUUUGUUGUAGCUCACAGUUUAGCGGAAGCCAACAAAGCAGCUACAAAUGAUUACAACCGACGAGUUAUUGAAUGUAGACUGGCAGCACAAAUAUUGCUUACUCUAAGCGGAAUACCGACCGAUAAAAAGAUUAUAACUCUUAGCGAAACACGUAACAAAAUCGGGAAAACCUUAAAAGAAAUGAUACAGUUGGUGCUUACAUAUUUACCAAAAGAUAUAUAUAGAAAGAACGAGGUUUGCUCCAUUUUGAGUGUCGACGAAAAAGAGUUGGAAAAUCUGUAUCUUACUGCGAAUACAAAGCAUAUGACUGAAUUCAAAUUAAAGCAGAGAGCUCUACACGUUUAUGAGGAAGCGUUGAGAGUAGAGGAAUUUCGUAAUAUAUGCAGUCAGUCUGGCAAUAGCAAAGUCAAUGGUACUAAUGGUCACACUAUUAACGGAGAAUCUCAGAAUGAAACUUUGUCUACCUUGGGGAAAUUGAUGUUACAGUCCCAUGAAAGCCUAAAGAACUUAUACGAAUGUUCUCAUACAAACUUAGAUCUCAUAGUAGAAAUAUCCCAGAAAUUGGGAAUACAUUCAAGAUUAACAGGUGCAGGUUGGGGUGGUUGCGCUGUAGCUCUUUGUCCAAAGAAUCUGUUAGAAAAUUACAUUGAAACAUUAAAAGAGGAAUUUUACGAUAAGCAUUGCAAUAUAGAUAAGGUGGAUGCACAUAUGUAUGUUUUCGCUACCACCCCUAACCAUGGUGCUAUAAUUUAUGUAAAUUAAUUACGUAACAGUUAUUCUUUUAACUUAAUACAAUAAUUGUAAUAUAAAUUACUUAGGCAUUUACGUUUAAAUCAUUUUUAAACUAGUAUUAUAUCAACCAUACCAUCGAAUGCAUUUAUGGUGCCAAUGAUAGUCGUAAUUUUUUGUUGAGAUGUAAUUGAUGUAUCAGAUGUGCUUUAGUUUUUUUAUCAUUUACACCAAUAUAUUUUUAGUUUGCUUUACUUUCUUCUUUGCCAUGUAAUUAACUAUAUUAAGUUUGCGUGAAACAUUGUAAUGUAAAGCCAUGUAGUUUUUUGUAUUUAAUAUCUUAUUUUAUUAGAAACUUAUAAUAUUAGUUAAAUUAAACCGUGUAUUAAUAUAAAUGUACCUAUGUCACUUGUAAUUGGUAAUAAUAACAUGUUACCAAUGAUGUUGUUUUAUUUAUUUACGUCUUUGACCUAUUUAAAUUACCUUAUGCAUACUCUAUUUGUAUCUUUAGAUAGUACACUCACGGUCUUUGAUUGUUGGUUGAGCCAUUUUAGAGGUCACAAUAUUUUUUUUAUUUAAACCGCAUUUCCAAUAAAAGAUUUAUGAAUAAAGUGAAUAUAAAUGAAUU